UGGUGUUUGUUUAUGCUCGCUUGCCGCAGGUAGUCGACAGACUGAGUGUAGUUUGCAACAGUGUGGUGAUAAUUUGGGCUACAUACAGUACAUAGCAAGAUACAUUCUGUUCUGGAGGAGGGGCCGCUCACACCUCACAUCUGUAUGAAGGACAAGGAUAAAAAAGAACCUUGAUAUUUACUCACGCCAUGAAAACGUGGAUAUCCGUGCAGUCUCUCUCGUGCUCCUAAACAAAGCGAGACUAACCAGAUGCGGAUUUCACUUUAUCUACGACUUCGGUUAUAGUGGCAUCACCGGCGGUCGCUCUGUUGCUUAGACUUACACAGUUACAGGGCCUAACGUUACAUUUGGAAAAGCGUCACUGACCUACUUGUUUAGUAAAAUAACUGUUUUUGACUACAACGAGGACGAGCAAGCAUUUUGGGCGGAGAGAUGCACCAUUUGGAGGACUGAGCUGUACCGUCAGCCCGUCGCCCGCUCCUGAGCUUCAACAUGGGAGAAUGAAGCAGGGUCUCGCAGCCAUGAAGACGCUGCCCUGUUGCGUUGAGCACGGAAGAUCUGCACCUGUGGCAUCAUGUUUAGCUUGAGCUCACCAGCAACGAUGCCUGUUCACCCUGGGGAUGAAUGGUUUACUCCACUACUGCUACCCUUCCAGAGGCAUUGGACAUUAACAUCAGUCUCUGCUGCCUCGUUACGGGGCUGCUGAACCUUUCCGAGAGGCCGUCAAUGGAGAACACCUCCAUGGGAUCCAGGUCGCCCCCGGAUCAUGUCACGCCGACAGCGGAGGUCGCGGAGAGCCUGCAAGGCGUCGGCCUACCUCUGCAGGUUUUCUUCUGCUUCGUCAUGGUCGCCAUCCUGCUCUUGGCUCUGUUGGGAAACGUGGUGGUGUGCUUGAUGGUGUACCAGAGAUCCGCCAUGCGCUCAGCAAUCAACAUCCUGUUGGCCAGCCUGGCGUUUGCAGACAUGAUGCUGGCCAUCCUGAACAUGCCCUUCGCUCUGGUUACCAUCAUGACCACCCAGUGGAUUUUUGGAGACGUUUUCUGUCGCGUUUCAGCCAUGCUCUUUUGGUUCUUUGUGAUGGAGGGCGUGGCUAUACUGCUUAUAAUAAGCAUAGACCGGUUUCUUAUUAUUGUCCAGAAGCAAGAUAAGCUGAGCCCACAGAGAGCUAAAGUGCUCAUUGUGGUCACAUGGGGACUGUCUUUCAUUUUCUCUUUCCCCCUGGCUGUUGGUUCCCCUCCCCUACAGAUCCCUCCCAGGGCCCCUCAGUGUGUAUUUGGCUACAGCGUUGAGCCUGGUUACCACACCUAUGUGUUGAUACUAAUGCUAGUUUUCUUCUUCCUACCUUUCAUGGUCAUGCUUUACACAUUUAUGGGGAUCCUAAACACCAUCCGCCACAACGCCAUCCGCAUCCACAGCCACCCAGACAGCAUCUGUCUGAGCCAGGCCAGCAAACUGGGCCUGCUGAGCCUCCAGAGGCCCUUCCAAAUGAACAUAGACAUGAGCUUCAAAACCCGUGCCUUCACCACCAUCCUCAUCCUCUUCUCCGUGUUUACAGUGUGCUGGGCACCCUUCACUGCCUACAGUCUGGUAGCUACCUUCAGUAGUGGCUUCUACCACAAAGACAGCUUUUUUCAAAUCAGCACAUGGGUCCUGUGGUUGUGCUACCUCAAGUCAGCCCUCAACCCACUUAUUUACUACUGGCGGAUCAAGAAGUUCCGUGACGCCUGCCUUGAUCUGAUGCCCAAGUACUUCAAGUUUCUUCCUCAGCUGCCAGGUAACACCAAGAGGCGCAUACAGCCGAGCGCGGUGUAUGUGUGCGGAGAGCAUCGGUCUGUGGUCUGAGGGAAAGAGCUGCCCUCAGACAUGUAAACCUCAAGGCAACUGGACUCACUGUAUGGAAGACAUUUCUGCAGAAAGGUGGCAUCACUAAUUAAACCUAUCAUUUUAAUUUCUCUCAUGUAGGGGAGGUUUAAUAGGUAUUUACUUCCAACUUUGAAGAGGGGGAAACAUUGUUGCUGGACUGAACGUAGCUGCAGCAUCAUGCUUAAUGAAAUGCAUUUAUUUGCUAAGUUACAGUUGGUAGCAUGUCAUUUAGAUUCACUCAGACAGUAGAUGGUACUUGACAUUUAGACUUGAUUCCAGAAGCAAAGUUGGAGCUCGUCAUGUACAUACACUGGAAGUCCAGUUGCCUUUGAGUGUUGAGAUUCUUUGAUUGUAUAUGAAGAAGUACCAACUAAAAGGCUGAGCUGCUUGUUUUGUCUCAAAUAGCAGACCAAACAUGUACAUGUGUCUUUUAUUUAGUAAUUGUAGAUAAACAACCAUACAUCUCUUUUAUAGAUAGUCACCAACAGCCGCUUCAGUAGUAGGGCUUAGUACCAAUACCAGAGUAAUGUUUUUCAAUUAAAACCAACAUUCUCAUAUUCAAUGUUGUCUAACACAAGCGUACAUGAUCUUUGCCUAAAUACAGUCAAAGAUUGGCAAGUCAGCAACUAUCUAGUCAGUCAACUGUCCAAACAUUUGAUGCCAGCGUUUGAUACUUGACAGGUUUUAAUACUUCGUUAUACCAACACUUUGCUUUUGGUACGAAAGGUAUUUGAUUUUGCGCCCCAGCUCGGUGGUCCAGAAUGCAUUGCUGCUGAGAGUACAACCUUGGAUAAACUCGCUGUGUUGCUCUUAUGCUAUCGCUGCAGCUAUGGCUCUUUGUCUACCUACUCAACCAAAAGUACAAACUUCUUCUGUGAGGGUGAUGUAUUAUUGUUGUUCUGGGUAAUAAAAGAAAAACUGAAGGAAAGUGUCUGAAACAUGUCUAUAACCCCUGGAAUGCACUGAAGGGCACAUAUUGUGUGAGAGUAUAAAUCGGUGAAUUCUUCCUUUAAUAUUAAGAAGACUGGCGCUGCUGGGUUUGACUUGACCACUGGAAUCACAAGUCAUGGGGAAAGGACCGUGUGUUUUAGCUGCGUAGAAUGUGUUUGAUGAGGCAUGUAAAUUAAUGGCUUAAAUGAAAAUUGAAUAUGGUGAAGAGGCCAUGACACAUUUGGACGUGUGUAUUUCUAUUUAAAUGUUUUGGAUGUGCCUAUUGAUUAGUCCAUUUGCCAGUCAGAAUGCUGCUAUAUCUGGUGAAAAUGUGCAAUUUCAGUGUACUGUACUGUUGAAUGUAAUAAAGAAAUGGACAUUUCUUACCUUGGUAAACUGUGUUAAGUUGUUUUUUGUCUGUGUAUCUGUUGUCAU